UUUUUCCGGCUUCGGUUUUAACCGAAGAACGGAUCUGAUGAAGAAGUCCUUGGCCACCACCCUCUCCCUCUCCCGCCGCCGCCGGCGAGGGCCCUCCUCCCCACCUCGCCGUCGAUAAUCCGCGCGCCCCUCGCCGUCGACCUCCCGCCGCUUCCCUCUCCGCUCCACUCGGCGGAGUCGUCCCCGCCCCGCGCCGCCGGGGAAUAGCCCUGGUGUGGACGGCCGCCUCCCCCCCUCCCUCCCGACCUGGUCUCCUCGCGCGCUCGAUCGGGUUUCGAGGGGCCUCCACCUCGGUUUCCAGGACGGUCACACCAUGGAUGCGCAAGGGAGAAGAAAGCACAGGGUUUUGAUGGUGUCAGAUUUUUUCUUCCCAAAUUUUGGCGGCGUGGAAAGCCACAUCUAUUAUCUGUCGCAGUGUCUCCUCAAGCUUGGCCACAAGGUUGUCGUCAUGACACAUGCGUACCGGAAACGUUCUGGAGUGCGAUAUGUUACAGGUGGCUUGAAGGUUUAUUAUGUGCCAUGGAAACCAUUCCUGAUGCAGAAUACAUUGCCUACGUUAUUCUUGACAUUUCCUAUCGUAAGGACCAUUCUUAUUCGUGAGAAGAUCUCUGUUGUGCAUGGGCAUCAGGCUUUCUCAACAUUGUGCCAUGAGGCACUGAUGCAUGCUAGGACGAUGGGGUACAAAGUUGUCUUCACAGAUCACUCGCUUUAUGGUUUUGCUGAUGCUGGAAGCAUUCACAUGAAUAAGGUGCUGCAGUUUACUCUUGCAGAUAUUGAUCAGGCCAUAUGUGUCUCUCACACAAGCAAAGAGAAUACUGUCCUGAGAUCGGGGAUAUCUCCACAGAAGGUUUUCAUGGUUCCUAAUGCAGUCGAUACUGCAAUGUUCACCCCCUCUCCUGAACGCUUGAGCUGUGAUGAAAUUGUUAUUGUUGUGAUAAGUAGAUUAGUAUAUCGAAAAGGUGCUGAUCUUCUUGUCGAAGUGAUUCCAGAAGUAUGCCGUCUAUUUCCAAAGGUUCGCUUUAUUGUUGGAGGUGAUGGUCCAAAACGUGUGCGACUUGAAGAGAUGAGGGAGAAGUUUUCCCUUCAGGAUAGAGUUCAGAUGUUAGGAGCUGUGCCUCAUGCUCAAGUACGAUCUGUUCUGAUAUCAGGUCAUAUUUUUUUGAACAGUUCACUUACAGAGGCCUUUUGCAUAGCCAUUUUGGAAGCAGCAAGUUGUGGAUUGUUGACAGUAAGUACAAGAGUUGGUGGUGUUCCAGAGGUUCUACCAGAUGAUAUGGUAGUACUUGCAGAACCAGCUCCUGAAGAUAUGGUAAGAGCUGUCAAGAAAGCUAUCGAUAUGCUUCCUGGCAUAGAUCCCCAAGUUAUGCAUCUUCGAAUGAAAAAGCUUUAUAGUUGGGAUGAUGUGGCAAAAAGAACGGAGAUUGUGUAUGAUCGUGCAAUGCAGUCACCUAAAACAGAUUUGCUAGAACGCCUUCCACGAUACCUCAGAUGUGGAGCUUGGGCAGGCAAACUGUUUUGCCUUGUUAUGAUCAUCAACUACCUUCUAUGGUGCCUCCUAGAAUAUCUGCAGCCUGCGGAAGCUAUUGAAGAGGUCCCAGAUAUCGGGCCAGUGCAUGCUCGUUUAGAGUCAGUAGAUGAUAUGUGCGGAAAUCAAGGGAAAGGAAAUUAGAAUUCGUCAUUUUCCAACUCUUGUCCAGCUUCACGUUGCCUCCAUUCUGAACAUGUGUAGAUGUCUGCAGAACUUACAUUCACAAUCUGCCCCGAGUCAGAAAUGUUAUCUCAAAUUUACUUGCCCUGAAGCCCAGGAAACAUUUUUUACAGUAACCUAUGGGAAAUCCUUGACAUGCUUUUUGGAAGCUACGUUGUUUGUGAAUGUUACUGCUAACCCUACCUUUUCAUGGCUGAGACCACUUGGCAUUACCUCUGUUGUUUGUGAAUAUCAUGGCAUCAUGCUAUCAGAAUCAGAU